CCGCGGCAAUUGCGGAGCGCAAGAGGGCACGGGGCUGCUGCUGCUGCUGCUGCCGCUGUCAUUAGGAGGCGGGCGGCGCGGCUGGGUCUCGCUGGGCAACUAUGUCCGCGCUGCUGCUGCUCCUGCUGCUCCUGCUGCCCUUCUCCUUUGCGCCCGGCAGCCCUUCUUCCAAAGCCGGGGAAGCUGCGCCUUGAAUUGCGAGGGAUCCCAGGGGCACAAAGGAAAGGUCUUGAUUCACUCCUGACACACUUGCCAUUGCUGCUGAUCAAAAGCCAAGGAGCAGCUAUGUCAAAAGACUUCAGUGAUGGAAAUCCUGUAUGAAUGUGGAAGCCAUUAGCAGAGUAAUUGCUGUCUGUUACCAUGACAACCAGCCGCUGCAGUCACCUGCCCGAAGUCUUACCAGACUGCACCAGCUCCUCCGCGGCUCCGGCAACAGUGAAGACCGUGGAGGACUGUAGCAGCCUUGUGAAUGGACAGCCGCAGUAUGUCAUGCAAGUUUCGGCCAAGGACGGGCAGCUGCUGUCAACGGUAGUGCGGACCCUGGCCACACAGAGUCCUUUCAAUGACCGGCCCAUGUGCAGGAUUUGCCACGAAGGCAGCAGUCAAGAAGACUUGCUUUCUCCCUGUGAAUGUACAGGAACCCUGGGGACUAUUCAUCGCAGCUGCCUGGAACACUGGCUGUCGUCUUCAAAUACCACUUACUGUGAACUCUGCCACUUCAGGUUUGCAGUAGAGCGCAAACCGAGGCCGUUGGUUGAGUGGCUAAAAAAUCCGGGCCCUCAGCACGAGAAACGGACUCUGUUUGGGGACAUGGUGUGCUUCUUGUUUAUAACUCCAUUGGCUACCAUCUCCGGCUGGUUGUGUCUGCGGGGAGCAGUGGACCACCUGCACUUUAGUAGUAGGCUAGAAGCCGUCGGCCUCAUUGCACUCACUGUCGCACUCUUCACAAUUUACCUCUUUUGGACACUAGUAUCCUUUAGGUACCACUGUAGAUUAUACAACGAAUGGCGUCGGACCAAUCAAAGAGUGAUCCUCCUCAUCCCAAAGUCUGUCAGCAUCCCUUCAAACCAGCAGUCCUUGCUGGGCCUCCAUUCAGUCAAAAGGAACUCAAAAGAGACAAUCGUUUAAUGGUGAUAAUCCUGCCCUGUGGCCACGAACGGCAUGUGGGUCCUGAUUCCAUCCCAAACCCAUUAGUGUCAUAUUUGGAAAGAGAGACUCUUUGCAGAGAAGAUGUGACUGUUGCAAUUGAAAUCAUGGAUGCUGCAAUCAUAUGAUAUUUGCUAAGCUGCCAAACAUGUUUUAAAAUUAGCAGAUACUGUAUGAAAUCCUCUAAUACCAUGGUAAUAGCUGCAUCACCGGGGAUGCAACCCUUUUUUAUUGUUGUUUAAAAAUUAUUAAACUAUGAUGGCAAACAAUGCAAAA